GCGCUUGUUCCGCUCUGUCGACACAGAAAUUCUUGCCUUGUUCUUCAGUUCGAGAGUAUUCAAGAUGGCCGACGCAGGUUCCAGGUGAGGCUCUGUGUCUGUGCCCCCAUUGAAUGAAGCUGUCCAGUGGCUUGAGUCUGUCAGCACGCCCCCCUCCACUCCUUUUGCCUCCCACCAUGUCCUCUUCCUCGUCUUGCUCCUCCUCUGUGGAGACCAGCCCGGAGGACCUGCCCCGUGGUGGUGGUGGUACCAUUCGUGUCUACCUCCCUAAUAAGCAGCGCACUGUGGUGAAUGUUCGGCCUGGACAGACAGUCCGAGACAGCCUGGACAAGGCCUUGAAAGUGCGAGGACUCAGCCAGGAUUGCUGUGCUGUUUUUCGUCUUCUUGAGGGUCGCAAAAGACUGACCGACUGGAGCACGGACAUUACGCCGCUUGUUGGGGAGGAACUGCUUGUGGAGGUCCUGGAUGACGUCCCCCUUACCAUGCACAACUUUGUGCGUAAGACCUUCCUGAAGCUGGCCUACUGUGAUUUCUGCCACAAAUUUCUCUUUAAUGGCUUCCGCUGUCAGACCUGCGGGUACAAGUUCCAUCAGCACUGCAGCAGCAAGGUGCCGACAGUGUGUGUGGACAUGGACACAAUGAACAAGAUAUUACCCAGUACAUGCCUAGAUGAGUAUCCUCAAAUCACCAUACUCAUACCAGACAGCUCCUUAUCCAAAAGUGACAUGGAAGUAAACCCAGAGCCGAAGCGGGGGCUGCUGUCACCGUCUUCGGCAUUCCACUUCCCCCCCCAUGACUCUGGCAGCCAGUCCCUUCAGCGGCACCGGUCCACAUCGACUCCCAACGUCCACAUGUUCAGCACAGUAGGGCCUGGGCUUAUUGAGGAAGCACUAAUUAAAAACAACUCAAUGGGAUUGGAGACUUUGUCUAAACCUUCCACCAGUCCUCCUUCUGUUGGUUCGCCUGGGAAACGGCCUCCCAAGUCUCCUUCAGAGACCAAAGAGCGAAAGUCGUCCUCCUCAGAUGACAAAAAGAAAGUGCACCGCGGUGGAAACCGGGACUCCAGCUACUACUGGGAGGUGCACUCAAGUGAGGUCACCAUUCUGAAGCGCAUUGGCACGGGGUCUUUUGGGACCGUCUUCAAGGGCAAGUGGCAUGGGGAUGUGGCUGUGAAGAUCCUGAAGGUGACGGACCCCACGCCAGAGCAGCUGCAGGCUUUCAAAAAUGAGAUGCAGGUGCUCAGGAAGACACGUCACGUCAACAUCUUGCUCUUCAUGGGCUUCAUGACGAAGCCCAAGUUUGCCAUCAUCACACAGUGGUGUGAGGGCAGCAGCCUCUACCGGCACCUGCACGUCACAGAGACCAAGUUCGACACUAUGCGACGCAUCGACGUGGCGCGGCAGACAGCCCAGGGCAUGGACUACCUUCACGCUAAGAAUAUCAUCCACAGAGACCUAAAAUCAAACAAUAUCUUUCUCCAUGAAGGCUGGACGGUUAAGAUUGGGGACUUUGGGUUGGCAACGGUCAAGUCACGCUGGAGUGGGUCCCAGCAGGUGGAGCAGCCCAGUGGAUCAAUUCUUUGGAUGGCCCCGGAAGUUAUUCGUAUGCAAGACAGCAACCCUUACACAUUCCAGUCUGACGUCUAUGGGUAUGGUGUAGUUCUGUAUGAGCUGAUGUCUGGCACGCUGCCUUAUUCCAACAUCAGCAACCGUGAUCAGAUCAUUUUCAUGGUGGGACGUGGCUAUCUGUCCCCCGACCUUAGUAAGCUGUACAGCAACUCUCCAAAAGCCAUGAAGAGGCUCAUCGUCGACUGCCUGAAGUUCAAACUGGAUGAAAGACCCCUUUUCCCACAGAUCCUGGUCGGUAUUGAGCAGGUUCAGGACCUGAUGCCAAAGAUUGAGCGGAGUGCGUCGGAGCCCUCUUUGCACCGUGCUGUUCAUGCGGAGGAUCUGAACCCUCUCCUGUUUCACACCACACGGCUGAUGCCACUGUGACACUGCUGAUCGCUAUUCGGGAGGGGUACUCAUCCCUAGACCUGCUGCUCUGCUGUUCAGUUCCGGGGGUGGCAGCCAUGAUCCCAACAUAACCAGCCAUGACUGCCCAUGACUGCAACCCCAAUAUGUAGAAAAUAUCAGCUGAAACCAAGACAGGGAGGGAAAGCAAAGAUGGUCCAGACUGGCUCAACUGCAAAGCCACAAGCAGACACCUGAGUGGCAAUGAAUUAUCAUCUACAUUCAUGUCCCAAGCUUAUUUGAAAUAUUCAAAAGGACUUUCCUAACUCGGCAGUUAGGUCCCUGUAAAUUCUUAGUUCUCCAAGAACUAGACUGCCUCCUUCAUGGUAUUCCCUUUAGAAUAAAGAAUCGGAGAAGAUAACCUGUGUUUGUAGACUAAUUUUCAGAAUAAACUGUAAGGGUUGCUGGAUUUUAGGAAAUUUUAUAUUUAACAACAUAUGCUGGUGAUAAGAUUGCACAGCUGGAGACCUGCGACUAUUAGAGAAUCUGCAUCCUCUAUUCAGCCUUUUUAGACAUAUUGGCUAAAAAUAAAAUUGGCUGGUGUUUAGACUUACAGUAGUCAUCGCCUAAAAGAACGGUUAAUCCUUUGAAAAUAGCUGCUAUUGAAACAACAUGCAGCCACAAUCUAGAGACGGACAGGCUUUGUGGAUUUGCCUUUAUUCAAAAUAAAACCAUAGAUGGGCUAGAAUAAAUAUUGAGUUAAGGAACAGCCAGAAACAAAGCUGCUUCACACAGUAAAUCAUCAUGGUUUAGUUUACUGAAAUAGUGUCCAUCUUUAAGGAACAUGAAGCUAGGAGACAUCCUGUUGGGUGUAAAAUGUGGUUAUAGAAGAUCAGGUUUUGGUUGUUCUCCGUUUCUGCAUAUUCGGUGGUGUAGUUAUAUUGUUAAGCCCUUGCCUGCCUCCCUGUAGGCUGAAUAUUGAAACACUGUUGUUUGAUCCUGCCUCCUCCAGGAUAGGGGGGAUUGGGGUGUACUGGCUCUGGUGUACUGGGUAGGUUGGCUGUAGCUCUGUAUAUGUACUUGAACUGUGUGGUUGUGUCUGCAUGUAAGAGGCUCGCUUUUUGUCAUCACUGUAGACUUCAGGGAUUAACCUGGAGAGGUCCUUGCCCUGUCUGGUUUUGGACCUGGUUCAGUUUCUUUUUCUACAACCAUGCCGGUGAGGAUGGAGUACGUCAAUCCCAAAGUUUCUAGCCAUGUAGAUGUCUGGAGUUCCAAGUAGGAUGCCUUAAUGUUGUGUUAGUUUGCUUUGAUUUAAUGGAGAGAAAUAGUUGGUUGCUCCUUAUAGCCAGUUUGUGAAACUUGUAUCAGAAUAGUACGCCUUACUGCUCAAUGCUGUGCAGCAAAAUGCAGGUUCGUGGCACAUUUUAAUAAGGUGUCUUAAGUCCAUUUGUAUAUUUUGCUUCAACUCUCCCUCACCAUUGGCGCCUUAAUGUCUGAUUGAAGCAGGCAUGUAUUCGCUGAAGGCAUCUUUCAGCUGCUGCUUAUUUACAUUUUAAUAUUCAUGUUGGUCUGAGGCCUCCUUAUUUUUCUCAGAAAUAUAGUCUGUUGUGACUAUGAUGGCCUAAAUCUGCGCCAUUUAAAUGAAUUAAAAACAGACAAUUGGCUUUUUUUCCAUCCAUUCUUAUUUUUGGAUCCAUCCAUUUGUCUUCUAACCACUUAUUCUGGUGAGGAUCACAGGCAGCCUAUCCAGGUAGCAAAGGGAAUAACACUGGCCUGCAUUCUAUAUGGGAUGCUGAUCCAUUGUAGAGCUGGAUUUACGGCUUCUUGCCAUACAGCUUACAGGAACUUAAAAUGGCACCACAGGCAUGUGACUGUUCCCCCCCCCCCCACCCCCCCAUGCACACAAACGCACACUAGCGGAAUGCUGAAAGUUAUGUAUUUAAUUAUCUGAGCUGGAAAGUGGCCGUCAUAAUAUUUAAAAACAAAAAUCCACUGUGUGCAGAGCAGAGGCUGGCAUUGGGUGACCCCUGCAGGCAGCAGUGCUAUACAAAAAAUGAAAAACUGGAUAAAAUUAUUAUUUUAUUUUUUUUGGAACACUGGUAAUUGCCAGAUGAGGGACACUGGUGGUUAACAGAUUCAGUUACAAGGUGCAGCCUAAUCUUAAAAUGACCUGUAAUAGGCAGAAGCAUCACUAUAUAAUAUUCAGUGUUGCAUUAUGUACAGGUAUACAUUAAUACAAAUGGUCUGCAUCCACAAAUCUCUAUUCUAGUAUCUAUUUAUUAGAUUGGAAACUCGUGACCUAACAUUGACACGUCAGGAAAUUCCUCAUUUGUUUAUAAUCAGUCAUUUUCCAGAAUACAGCAUCUAGUAUGUCUUCCAGAUUGGGUCACUUUAUCCUCUUUUUCCCUACAAGCAGCUCAGGACAUUCCCUAAGAAUUUAGCCUUACUUGCAGUUAUAUAAACACACAGAUUUUGCCCCCAUCAGGGUCUUUGUUCUGUAUAGGUCGACGUUCACGUCAUCUAAAUAUGUAGCUUUUGAAUGAGAAAUUUGGGCAGUAAAAUUGGACAGUUUGUAGCUGGUAGAAAGUGAAUAGUACUGGUGUUGCUGGGAGGAGUUUGCUUGUAGUGACCUUAAUCAUACAUGUAUGUAGAGUGCAGGUGCUGGUUGAAGAAGACAGGACUGUUGAACAUGGUCCCGUGCCAAGCUGGUGGGUGUGGCCAGUUCUUUAUUGACGUACUGUGAAUACGGGUCUGCAUAGGGCAGCAUUUUGAAAUGCAUGAUUCUGCCCACCCCUGUAAUGAUCAUGUUAAAGAUGACAUCGCCUGGCAAUUGGUUAAGGACUUCAGAACAAGUAUAACUGACAGCUUUUGUUUCUAGAAUAAAUGCGUAUGUAUAUAUGAUUUGAGUUUUAGAAUUAUUUAAUUUUUAAUAAGGGGCUGGCUACCCCAUUUCUCAUUCACGUUUAAUAUAGGUAGUUUGGUAGGGUUUUGGUUGCUUUUGUUUUUGGGUUCAGGGGAUUUCCUAACAAACAGGGUAGUGACCUAGAUGAUUUCCCACUUUUAUUUAUUUUUUUCGACAUUACACGUUAAAACUGCUCCUGACUUCCCUGUGACACAUCUAAUCGUGUCCUGAGGUUUUUAAAACCUAGUUUACUUUCGUUACUAUCUUCUUGAUUUGUUUGUUUGUUUAAAAAAAAAAAAAAAGUCCUUUUGUAAUCAAAGAAUCUGAACACACUGGUAAACUGCGCGGCAGAUAUACUGAAUGCCUGAAGCAGCAGGGAUACAAGCCCAGUUGGGGGGGGGGG